AUGCGAUCUGCUGCUGCUGCUCUCGCUCUGCUGCUGCUGCUGGCCCUCAGCGGCCACGCUCGGGCCCUCUCCCGCUGCAGCAGCAGCAGCAGCAAGUGCAGCUGCACCACGCAUGCUGCAGCAGCAGCAGCAUUUCUGUCCGCUAGUAGCAGCAGGGCGUUCCCCACCCUAGGGAGGAAACAGCCCAAAGAAACAGCUGCAGCAGCAGCAGCGGCAGCAAGUGCAACGGCAGCAGCUGCAGCACCAGCAGCAGCAGCAGCAGAGGAACAGCAACAUGCUGCAGUCUUGCUGUUAGCAGCAGCAGCACAUUUGCCCAUAGAAGAAAUAGAAGCUCUUGAGCAGCUAAGAGCAGCAAAACCAUUUUCGUUGCCGCCGCCGCCGCCGCUGCCGCAGCAGCAGCUGCAGCAGCUGGAGCUGCAGCAGCUGGAGCUGCAGCUGGAGCAGCAGCAGCAGCAGCAGCAGCAGCAGAAGCAGCUGCUGUGGGGAUUCAUGAGCGUGGAACAGCUGGCGUAUCACUACGCCAGACACCACGCUGGAUACGUCAAGACCCUUAACACUUUCGCGGAGAAGGACAGUCGACUGCAGGGCCUCUCCCUAGAAGAAGCUGUGCGCGUACCAGGGCUUCCUGCUGCUGCUGCUAAUGCCUGCGGGGAGCACUUCAACCAUUCUUUCUUUUUUGCUUCGAUUGGUCCCCAAACCCUAAACCCUAAACCCUUGCCUCAAACCCUCACGCGGAUUCAGGAGGGUUUUGGCAGCUUGGAAAAUUUCAAAAGCGAAUUCAAAGCAGCAGCACUAGGCCACUUUGGCAGCGGCUGGGUGUGGCUAGCCCUUGGCCGCGAGGGUUUGAGGGUUUUGGAAACUCAUGAUGGUUUGGCUUUGCCCUCUGUGCAUCCAGAACUCUCUGCCCUGCUUGUUCUCGAUCUGUGGGAGCAUGCCUAUUACUUGGACUACAAGAACUCGCGCGCUGCAUUUGUGGAUCGUUUCUGGGACGCAAUUAAUUGGGCGGAGGUGGAAAGGAGAGUGGAGGAAGCGGAAAGUAAAAUGAAAAGAAAUUGA